AUUUUUCAAUACCCGUUUUGCCCUCGGUUACUCUACAAAACCCUAGUUCACUUUACUUCAUCUUUCUCUUCCUCAAACGCUUCCUCGCCUCUCUCACAGUGUUGUCUCUUGCGCUUGCGGAAGAACGCUCCUACUCUAAAAUCUGAAAUUGGAGCUAUUCGUUUUUCCGUUAAGCCAUGGCCUUGGUAUUGCAUUCAGGAAAGACAAACAAAAAUGCUUUCAAGACACUGAUUGCUGCUGAGUAUUCUGGUGUUAAUGUUAAAUUAGUGGAGAAUUUUGAGAUGGGUGUCUCUAACAAGACUCCUGAAUUCCUCAAGAUGAACCCCAUUGGCAAGAUUCCUGUUCUGGAGACACCUGAUGGUCCUUUAUUUGAGAGCAAUGCUAUUGCCCGUUAUGUUACCCGUUUGAAGGCUAAUAAUCCUCUACUUGGUUCAUCCACAUAUGAAUAUGCACUAAUUGAGCAAUGGAUUGAUUUUGCAUCGCUAGAGAUUGAUGCCAAUAUUCUGGGUUGGUUAGUACCUAGAUUUGGAAGAAGCCCAUAUCUUCCUCCUGCUGAGGAGCAUGUAAUUUCUACACUGAAGAGAGCUCUCAAUGCUCUAAACACUCAUCUUGCCUCUAACACCUACUUGGUUGGGCAUUCUGUGACAUUGGCUGACAUUAUCAUGACAAUGAAUCUCUAUAGUGGAUUCACUCGCCUCCUGACUAAGAGCUUUACCUCAGAGUUCCCACAUGUUGAGAGAUACUUUUGGACCUUGGUUAAUCAACCAAAUUUCAAAAAGAUAUUGGGUGAAGUGAAGCAAACUGAAUCACUUCCUCCUGUUGCAUCUAAGAAGCCUGCCCAGCCAAAAGAAUCUGCUAAAUCAAAGGCCAAGGAUGAACCGAAGAAAGAAGCCAAAAAGGAAAAGGAGCCACCGAAGCCUACACCUGCUGCUGAGGAAGAGGAAGAGGCACCAAAACCCAAACCAAAGAAUCCUCUUGAUUUACUGCCUCCAAGUAAGAUGAUACUGGAUGAGUGGAAGAGGCUCUACUCGAACACCAAGACCAACUUCCGUGAGGUUGCAAUUAAAGGCUUCUGGGACAUGUAUGAUCCCGAAGGAUACUCACUGUGGUUCUGUGAGUACAAGUACAAUGAUGAGAAUACAGUGUCAUUUGUCACUUUGAACAAGGUCGGUGGAUUCCUUCAGAGGAUGGAUUUGGCUCGCAAGUAUGCAUUUGGGAAGAUGCUAGUAAUUGGCGCAAACCCUCCAUACAAGGUUAAGGGGCUGUGGCUUUUCCGGGGAUCAGAAAUUCCUCAAUUUGUUAUUGAUGAGUGCUAUGACAUGGAGCUAUAUGACUGGAAGAAGGUUGACAUCUCAGAUGAAGAGCAAAAGGAGCGCGUCAACCAGAUGAUUGAAGAUUUUGAGCCUUUUGAGGGAGAGCCUCUUUUGGAUGCCAAGUGCUUUAAGUGAAACAACUAUUUAAUCUUUUAAUUUAAGUUUUUCUCUGCGUCUUAAUUUUGUUUUCCUUGUUAGUGAGUUUGUAUCUCUCGUUUCAGACAAAUUAAAGUCUAGCUUUUUGUGAUUUUAGUUACAUUUGAUUACAUAGUGCAACUUUGUUUUGCAUUCUUGCUUCUGAAUUGCACAUUUUGGAUUACAUAUUAUACCAGUGAUUAUGUUAUUAGCA